AAUAUUUGUGAUUGUUGUGAUAUAAUUAUUUAUUACAAAAAAAUAUGAUUUUAAUAAUACAUGUGUGAUAUUUAUUACCAGCCUAAUUUGAAUUGAAACACAUUAUAUAAUCUUGAUAGCUCGCGAACAACUUUCAUUAAAAUUUCAUUUGGACUAUAACUUUUUAAACAUUUUUUCUUUGAUAAUAUAAUGGAAUCGUUAUCAAAACAAGAACUUAUUUCAACAAUAACGAAACAGGCAGAUCAAAUUAAGCGAUACGAAGGUCGACUAAGAGAUGUUGUUGCUGCAUAUAAAGGUCUUGCUAAAGAAAAGGAGGCCCUGGAGAUAAGUUUGAAGGCAUUAAAUAGGACUGAAAAUAAUGAAGAUGGCUCAAAAGACUCCAUAGCAGCUCUCACACUGUCACUAUCGACACUAUCAGCAGAAAAAGCACGAAUGGAAGAGGCUUUCCAGACUGAUAAGAAGGUGACUAGGGAUAAGUAUGAGAACAUGUUGGCUUCAACAAGAGAAGAGACAAAGACGUUGGUUCAACAACAUUUAGCAGAAGUCGGUAAUCUUAAAGCUAAGAUUGCUUAUGAAAUUCAAGAACGAGAGAGGGAGAGGGCUGAUCACGCUGCAAUGCUGAAGGAAUUACACAUGAAACUAAAUUCCGAGAGAAAAACUAAAGAGAAGCUAGAGGAUAAAGUUGUACAUAAUACAGAAGCACAAGCAUCUCAGGCAGAAUUGGAGAAGCGAGUUCGCGAUCUGAAUAGUUCUCUGGAAGCUUCUCAGAGGAGAUUACAAAGGGCUGAGGCGAGGACGGUCGAGACACCUGCUCUGCUCGUUAGACUGCAACAGAAACUGGCUUUGUUGGAGCAGUCGCAUUCCAUCGCGAUACGAGAGGAACAAAUAAAAGCGAAACGCGCUGAGGAGUCGGCGCGUAAGGUCUGCGCGAGACAGGAGGAAAGAGUCGCGCUCCUGGAAGGGAAACUGGCAGAACUGUCGCAGACCAUUGGGGAGUACGACUUGCUCCGGAGACGAGACCAGCAGCUCAUCCAGCAGCUCAGGGACUCGCUCAACGGGAGACUUCUGGACAAAAUGGCGAGCAGCAGCGUCAUCGAUGAAAAUCAAAUAAGCGAAACCGAUAACGAGAAACUAGCAGACAGCGAAUAUCUUAAAACUUUAAUAGACAAGAUACACAUACUGAAGAAGGAGUUGAUAGCAGAGAACGACAAGCUCGGCAACCCAAUCGAUCUUUCGGCGGUAUUCAAAUUGGACGGCUACGAGAAUAUUCAUAGUAAAUGUCGAUUGGAGCUGGAGAAUUUGAAAAUCGAAUUCGAAACUUAUAAAUUACAAAAUGCUAAGGUUAAAGAAAGCGGACAAGAGGUUGAGAGUGAGAUGGAAGAUCUGAAGAGUGAGAUGGCGGUUUUGAAGGAGAAAAUCGAAACUUAUAUACUGUUACUGGAGGACGAAAAGCAGGACAAACUUGACUCCUUGAGACUACACGAAGAGAAACUGAAAUCCGAAAGGGAAUACCACAAAGAGAUUGUAUCGGAUCUGAAAACAAGAAUACAGAGUCUGGAAAAACAAGUUCAAACCCAACGUGACAGAUACGCAACUUUACUGGAAGAAACCGAUAAUUAUAUAAGAUCUAGAAACGAUCGAUCGAGGAAAGUUAGUACUGAAGAAGGAAACUGGAAAGAUGGUCAUGGAGUAUUAAAUGACGGAACCGCUCCCCCCCACAUGCUGCACUACGCGCACGAGCUCGCUAGGAAGGACCUCGACAUCACACAGUUGAGACGGGAGAAGCAUAUCCUGGAGGGACAGUUUAGAGAUUGUCAGCGCGAAGCAACGAUCGAGAAGGAGCGAUUUAAGGAGGUGAUAAGAACACUAAAGGAAGAAAUUGACAGGCUUAGAAGGAUCCAGUCAAGGGAAGGAGCGAAUUUAGAAUAUCUGAAGAACGUUGUCAUGGCGUACUUAAUGUCGAGCGACUACGCGGGCCGGAAGCACAUGUUGAACGCUAUAGCGGCUGUCUUACAUUUCACUGACAACGAAAGGAAAAUAGUCUUUAACACCUUGUGAAUAAGGAUCGUUUUAAGUCAUCAUAAAUAUUUUCGGUCGGGACUGUAACUGUCAGCGUAUUUUUCGUUGUACCAAUAGAAUAAUAAUAAAAAUCAUGUAUACACUUUUAAAAUCACAUUUACCCCCUUUAAGGUGAUAUUUUAAAUGAUAUGCCAGCAUUACCUUCCCCUUCAACUCGCAAUAAAAUCAAUAGUAAUAUCAUAAAUACGAAAGUAACUCUGUUCUUACGCUUUCACGGCCGAAGUGCUGUAUCUAAUUUGAUUAAACUUUGCAUGAAGUAAGCUUGAACUGCGAAGAAGGCUAAUUGUUAUUCCUAAAACCCGAGGAACGACCCCUGAAACGCGUGCGAACCCGCGGGCGACAACUAGUGGUAGAUAUUCCAAAAUUUUCCUUAAGAGGGGGGAUUUUUCCAAACUGUGGAACUGUCACGUGUUAUCAAAAAAAAUCUUGUAUAUUCACCCCUUUAGUAUGAAUGAAACAGUACUUGAGUUAUUUAUAUAUUAUAUAGAUCAAGUGUCCUUUGGUUUGAUUGUUUUUUUAAAUAUGUAUGUUACUAUAUUUUAAUAUUGAAACAUACACCUGUUUAAUUAUUAAUUAUUUCUUGUUAUUAUUAAUUGUUCGGGUUAAUAUUUGUUUAACUUUUAUUCCUAACAUUAAUAAUAAUUACAAAAAAAAAAAUAAUAUAAUAAUGUCUUGUUGACCGUAAACUCAACGUUGAAGGAGGCUUAACUGUAAUUGAUCUAAAUAAAUACAAAAAGCAUCGGUAGUGUGUUUGGACGAUGUGUGAACGUUAAGAAUAGACGUGAUUAAUGACCUGUUCGUAUAUUUAGUUAGUAAUUGUAUCAUUUUUAACGUGACGUUAGUAGUCACAAAAAAUGCGACUUUGUAAAUUACGAAACGUUCUUGAUGCAUUGUAGAUAAUUCUACCAUUCGUAAUAAUAACCAAUAGUUUCUUGAAUAUAGUAAUUCAUGAUGAAAAACGUGUUACCGAAAACUGUAGAGAUAUUCUUGAUAAUUGCGUUAAGUGAAAUCGGAGUAUUAAAUAAUAAUAAUAAUGUUAUAUUAUUUAGACAAAUGUUAAAACACAAGGCGAAUAUUAUUGAAGCGGUGUAAAAAGUCGCUUGUUUGAUUUUGAACCCUCGGGCUAUUGUCGUCCCCACUCCUAACACAAGUGAUAAGUCUUAAAGGGGGGAGGGGUAAAUAGGAAUAUUAAUAAUUGCUUAAAUAAAUUGGGGUAU